UCCGAAUAGCUGUUACCUCCGAUUUGCUUCAAAUUUUGAUAUUUUCCAAGGUGCAUAGAGAAAGUACGAGAAAUUUCUAAAGUAUUUUUCUCAUCGCCCGAAUACAUUAUUAAUGAAAAGUUAAACAUCCGUGCUCGAUUCAACCUAAUUGAAAUUUCGUGAGGCCAGCACCAAAGCGUCGAAGUAAAUUCACCUCAAUAUAAUAAUAGAUAUAUUUCGAGGUCAGACUGAAUUCGGUACCGUCGAUGAGAGUCUAGUAAUUACAUUUUUUGUGCAUAACAGGAAUCCUGUAAGUAAGACUAUUUUGGUGCGAGAAAAUUUUUUAGAAUUCUCCCACAAAGAAAUAUAUAGAGCUCAUAAAAAGAGGAUUCGAUGUAAUCGACAACAAACGAGAAGUGGGGGAUGGAAGGAGAGAGAAGAUAUAAGUAGAAUCGAUAAUGUUGCGCAGAGUUUAACAAGAAAACAAUUGUUUAUAGUUUAUUGGGAGCUCGCGGGUGAGUGCAAGCGCCGGAAAGGAAAAAAAAGUAAAAAGAAAUUUAAAAAAAAGACGAAAUAGAAUUAUGUAUGGAGAGUGAUGCGACAUCCGGCAACCCUUGACACUGACCGUACCCUUGAAUAUUCAUCGAUCUCGAAGAGGCCUUUUUUUUAAAUCGAAAACACACUCAUUCAAGAGCAAGAAGAAGAACCAUUGAAAAUGUAAUUUUUCUUUCAAGUUCAACGUCCGAAAGACAGAGUUUACUUUUUCUAGUCCAUUUGCACUUGAAAUUGACACUUUUUUUCUCUGCAAUCGCGAUAACAAAAAUAACUUGGAACGUUAUUUCGACUUGUCAACGGUAUUCAAAUUCCAAGACUCACGUAAUCGAUAUUACGUACAGUACUAUUUUUUUCAUGUAUUAUCUUCGAAGAAAGCUCCAAAAGAAUGUAGCCGCGUGAAAAUAAGAGUUGAUGAUUUUCGAAGAUCAUUUCGAUAACGUAUGUUUUCAUAAAGACUGAAUGAAGAUGAAAACUGUUCGAUGAAUCGUAUGUGCGUGUGUAUAAUCGAAGAAUCUACAAAGAGGUUGGAAAUUUUUUAACCACCUCAACAAUGUAAAUCGACAACGUUGCGUCGAUGAGUAAAUUAGCUGAAAUCAGUUGACCCGAGGGUAAUGAAUCACUGGGAUUAAAUUGAGCAAUUGCAGCGUGAAAAUAAGGGAAAUAUUCGAUAUUCAUUGAAAUAAUUAAAUGAUGAAUGAGGAAUUCGGUGUAGCACUGUGUAAACUGUGAAAAUUGAUGUGUUUCGUUGCCGAGCGCACGGGCGCAGGGGAGGGGGGGACGUUGAAAUUUGGUAUGAAAAAAUGUGAAGAGUAGGAUAAGAGUUUGUAAACUUCACGGAAGGUAAAUUUGAACGGGUGUUUUAAUUUGAAAUUAAAUAAGUUCAUUAGCAUGAAAAUAAGUUUAGCGAAAUGGUGUAAGUGGUCUUAGUCGUUUGACCUGUAAAAUACAAAGUAGUAGGGAUGAGGAGAUGUUAUAAAAAGUAAAGUUUAUUCAAUGGCUUCUUCAUUGUUCUUAAGUCCGUGCUCGUUUCAGGCACGAGGGAAUUGACGUUGAAUCAUCAAUUCUCUCCUUUGCUUUCUCCGUCUCGCCAUCAUCGAAAUAUAAAUUACAUGUGAUUGAUAAGUGAAAUAAUAAAGCGAAAAAACGGGACAAAUCGUGGUGAUAAGUUUUGUGAUUUCGAAUAAUUGGUUCCGUUCGAAGAGGUGAGGACCGAGGAUGGAGAACAGCGAGAGCACAAGGGAAGGAAAUGUCAAAGCGUCGGAUUUUUUCAACGAGGAUGACAUCGUAAUUUCCGGUAUCGCCGGAAGAUUUCCGGACUCUGACAACAUGCGGCACUUUCAAGAGAAUCUUUUCAAUAAGGUCGAUCUCGUUACGGACGACGAUCGACGUUGGAAGCUUGAUCAUCCCGAGAUACCUCAACGUACAGGAAAAAUAAACAAUGUUGGGAAAUUCGAUUCUCUCUUUUUCGGUGUUCAUUUCAAACAGGCACACACCAUGGAUCCCAUGUGCCGGAUGCUCCUCGAACACGCUUACGAGGCCAUCGUUGAUGCUGGCAUUAAUCCUCGCCAGUUGCGCGGUACCAAAACCGGAGUUUUUAUCGGUGCUUGCUUCUCCGAAUCUGAAAAAACUUGGUUCUACGAAAAACUUCAGGUAAAUGGUUUCGGUAUUACCGGAUGCAGCAGAGCCAUGUUGGCCAAUCGAAUAUCUUAUUGGCUGGGUGUAAAUGGACCAAGUUACACGGUAGAUUCGGCCUGCAGCUCGAGUUUGUUCGCAAUGGAACACGCUUACAGAUCUAUUCGCAGUGGACAGUGCGACGCGGCUCUCGUCGGUGGAGCUAAUCUCUGUCUUCAUCCUUACGUAUCCCUACAAUUUUCUCGACUCGGUGUUUUAUCUCCGGAUGGUCGCUGCAAGUCAUUCGAUGCUGAUGCCAACGGUUAUACUCGGAGCGAAUCGGUUGGACUGGUAUUUCUUCAAAAAGCUAAAAACGCGAAACGUAUUUACGCGACGUUCGUUCACGCCAAAACCAAUUGCGAUGGAUUCAAGGAACAGGGAAUUACUUUUCCUUCGAGCGUUAUGCAAAGCGCUCUUCUCAAAGAAUUUUACGAAGAGUGCGGGGUGCCUCCGACGGAUAUGGCUUAUAUCGAGGCUCAUGGAACUGGCACCAAAGUCGGUGAUCCCGAGGAAGUUAAUGCUCUCGAGCGUGUUUUCUGCACUGGCAGAACUACCCCUUUGAGAAUCGGCUCGAUCAAAUCGAAUCUUGGACAUGCCGAGCCCGCCAGUGGAAUUUGUUCCGUCGCCAAGGUUGUGAUUGCUAUGGAAACCGGUUUGAUACCGCCGAACCUUCAUUACAAACAUCCCAGGGAGGGCGUAAAAGCCUUGGAGGAUGGCAGAAUCCGGGUAAUCUGUGAUCUGGAGCCCUGGGAAGGUGGUUACGUUGGUAUCAAUUCAUUCGGUUUUGGUGGUGCAAACGCUCACAUUUUAAUGAAAUCGAAUGCCAAGGAGAAAAUUAAUAACGGCGCGCCAAACGAUGAUCUGCCAAGACUAGUAGUUAUCUCAGGACGUACGGAACCGGCUGUUGAUAGCAUCUUAAACGAUGUUGAGAAUCGAGCCAUAGAUGUCGAAUACGUGCGGCUUCUUCAGGACGUACAUAGCGAAGAUAUACCCGGACACAUGUACCGAGGAUACACGAUCGUUGGAGGAAGCGCAACGAGUGAAAAACCACUCCGAGAGAUUCAACAUUAUCCAGGAGCGAAACGUCCCAUAUGGUUCGUUUUUUCAGGCAUGGGAUCCCAAUGGCCUGGUAUGGGUACGGCGCUGUUACGUUUUCCCGUAUUCGCCGCAGCUAUCCAAAGAUGUGACGUUGUUCUCAAACCACGUGGCGUUGACAUAUACGAUAUCUUGACGAAUCCGAACAAAUCGACUUUCGAUAAUAUUCUCAACUCGUUUGUCGGCAUUGCCGCAGUUCAGAUUGGUCUUGUCGAUCUCCUUACACACAUUGGAGUGGUACCCGACAAAAUAAUCGGUCAUUCGGUCGGUGAACUCGGCUGUGCCUAUGCUGAUGGCUGCUUUACACCGGAACAAAUGGUACUUGCCGCAUACUCUCGUGGACUUGCUUCCAUUGAGACGGAUACGAUCAAGGGCUCGAUGGCCGCGGUGGGACUCGGAUACGAAGACAUCAAGGCUCUGUGUCCACCGGAUAUCGAAGUUGCCUGUCACAAUGGGCCGGAAAGUUCCACCAUCAGUGGACCCGCAGAGUCCAUGAAAGAUUUCGUAGCUAAACUUCAAGCGAGAAAAAUCUUCGCUAGGGAAGUUCCAUGCAGUAACAUCGCGUAUCAUAGUCGUUACAUCGCGGCGGCAGGACCGAAAUUGUUGGCUUAUCUGCACAAAGUUAUACCAGAGCCGAAGCCUCGUAGUCCAAAAUGGGUGAGCACUUCGGUGCGUCGAAGCGAGUGGGGAAUGGCCCAAGCUCGUUUAUCCUCCGCGGAAUAUCACACGAACAAUCUUUUGAGUGCCGUUUUAUUCGAGGAAACCUCGACUCUCAUACCAAAAGAUGCGGUGACGAUUGAAAUCGCACCCCACGGUUUGUUGCAAGCGAUAUUACGACGGUCUCUCAAUCCUGGAGUGACGAACAUCGCGCUCACGCAACGAGGACACCACGAUAACGUCGAAGUUUUCCUCCAAGGUAUUGGAAAAUUAUUCAACGUCGGACUACAAGUACAAACAUCAAAAUUAUUCCCCCAUGUCGAGUAUCCCGUUAGUCGCGGUACACCCAUGAUUUCACCGCUCAUUAAAUGGGAGCACAGCGAUGACUGGUACGUUACGUCUUACAGAAUGCAAGAAAAAAUAACAUCCGGUGAGAGAACAGUCGAAGUGGUGCUCACCGAUGAGGACUACGAGUAUAUGGCCGGUCACGUAAUUGACGGAAGAAAUUUGAUACCGGCUACGGGUUAUCUUGCUCUCAUUUGGGAAACGAUCGGUAUGAUGAGCGGGGAACUAUAUACCGAGAUUUCCGUCAUUUUCGAAGACGUUAAAUUUUUACGAGCCACCACCAUACCGAAAGAAGGAAUCGUCGAAUUGACUCUGAUGGUUCAGAAAGGUACUGGAAGAUUCGAAGUGGUCGAAGGUGGUGCAGCUGUUGUUACGGGAACAAUUCGUCCAAUGACGAAACCAUCAGUGGAAAUGAUGAAUUUAUCUCCGCCGAACGAUGACGAUCAGAUUGAGGAAGCAAUGUCGGCGCGAGAUAUAUACAAAGAAUUGAAACUCCGCGGUUAUCAUUACAGUGGAUUGUUCCGGAGCCUUAAGAGCUCAUCGAUCGACGGUCGAAAAGGAAAGAUAGCUUGGUCAAACAAUUGGGUGGCUUUUAUGGACAAUAUGCUCCAAAUGCAGAUAUUAGGUUCCGACACGAGGGGCUUGUUCGUUCCAACGGGAAUUCAAAAGCUCACGAUCGACACAAAAAGCCAUCUCAAUACGAUUCGUCAAAUGACGACCGAGGACAAAGAAUUCCCGGUAAGAGUAUACAAGGAGUACGACGCAAUAAUUUCGGGUGGUGUGGAGAUUCGAGGUCUGAAAGCAAGUGCAAUAUCACGGAGAAAGCCAGCGGGUGAGCCAGUCCUGGAGACGUACGGAUUCGUAGCGCAUCGUGAUAAGGGAGAAACUUCGUUGUCCGAUUUUGUGCGUUUAUCGGGUAAUAUCGCGCUGGAGAAUGUAUCGACAAUUAAAUUCAAGACAAUCGAGGCUAUCGACGAUAAAGCGGCCUCAUCUCCGUCGGAAGAUUUGACGUCGACGCACUUGCUGGAGACGUUGAGCGAUCUUCCGUUGGUUCAAGCGGACGUGAAUCUCGUUGGGACCUCGAAUCCCUUCGAGGAAGGGAAAUUACCACAGACUAUGAAUUUUGUUGAGGUGAAAAAGCUUACAGCGGAAACGGGUGCUUUGAUAGCUUGCGGACAGGCUUUGCUCGACACUGCGAACAAAGAGACGUUGCGUCAACUGAUGCUCGCGCUAAGAGACGGUGGAUUUUUGUUGACUCGAGAGAAAACGAGUCCGGGCGCGAUAGAUGAUAGCGCAGGAAGCCGAGGAUUAAACGUGAUUAUGGAAAAACGGCAACAGAACGGAGAGACUUUGUUGCUAUUGCGUAAACGAGGCAGGCUAUCGAGGAAAAUGAGAAUAAUAAAGGUGGGAAGCAAGAAAUUCGACUGGUUGGAAGAGUUGAAAGAGGCGAUGAAAGAGGAAUUGGAAUCGACCGCAGGUGCGACAGGAAGAAUAAUUCUCGUCAGCGAAAGAGACUUUGAAAACGGACUUUACGGACUCGUAAAUUCUCUGCGGAAAGAACCAGGAGGGGAGGUCGUUCGGGGUUACAUAAUACAGGACGAGAACGCUCCAGAUUUCUCGAUAGAGAAUCCCCUGUACGCGGAUCAGCUUCAACUCGAUUUAGGCUUGAACGUUUUGCGAGCCGGUGGUGUAUGGGGAACUUACAGGCAUCUCAAGUUGGCUGAAAUAACAGAGAAACCGGUUUAUCACGGAUGGGCGAAUCAACUUGUUCGCGGUGACCUCGGCUCAUUGCGGUGGCUCGAAGGACCGAUCGAAAAAACGAGUGAUCAACGAGAUCUCGCACGCGUCGUUUAUUCCUCAAUAAAUUUCCGCGAUGUUAUGCUCGCGACUGGUAAAUUAGCGAUCGAGGUUGUAGCGAAAAAUCGUUUUAUCCAAGAGUGUCCGUUCGGACUCGAGUACUCAGCGGUCGAGGCCUCGGGGCUUCGCAUAAUGGGACUGGUAGAGUCGCGAGGCUUCACAAAUGUCGUCAAGAUCGAUCGCCACCUGUCAUGGAAAAUACCGGAGAGUUGGUCGCUCGAGGAUGCCGCGACCGUACCUUGCGUCUAUUCGACUUGCUACUACGCUCUAUUUUACAACGGGAAAAUGAAACGAGGCGACAAAGUAUUGAUUCACGCGGGUUCCGGUGGAGUCGGACAAGCGGCUAUAACUCUGGCGCUCCACGAGGGUUGUGAGGUUUUCACGACCGUCGGUACACUCGAGAAACGUCGCUUCAUACGAAAACGAUUCCCCGAAAUUCCAGAGGAUCACAUCGGCAACUCGAGGAACACGAGCUUCGAGCAAAUGAUCACGAAGCACACGAAGGGACGAGGCGUCGACAUCGUUCUCAAUUCAUUGGCCGAAGAGAAACUCCAAGCCUCGGUACGUUGCUUAGCGACCGGUGGAAGAUUCCUCGAAAUUGGAAAGUUCGAUCUCGCGGCAAACAAUCCUCUGGGUAUGGAGGCUUUCCUCAAAGAGAUCAGUUUUUACGGAGUAAUGCUGGAUAAUCUAUUGAUUGCGCCACCCGCUAAGAAGGCCGAGCUCCAGAAAUUGCUCCAAGCCGGCCUCGAUUCCGGCGCUGUAAAACCUCUCGCGCGCACCGUUUUCCCGAAAGAACAAUUGGAGAGCGCGUUCCGUCACAUGGCGGCUGGUAAACACAUUGGCAAAGUCCUCAUAAAAAUUCAUCCCGCGAAGGAGAAGCUCGAUACGCCCGUGUCGGCGCUUCCGCGUUUUCACUGCCACCAAAAUAGGAGCUACCUCAUUCACGGUGGUCUUGGCGGAUUCGGCCUCGAACUCACCGACUGGCUUGUUCUUCGUGGCGCUAAAUACAUUGUUCUCACUUCCCGGAGCGGUAUAAGAAACGGUUAUCAACUGAAACGCAUCGAGCUGUGGAAAAGUUACGGGGUUAAGGUGCUCGUUAUCACCGGUAAGGAUGCCUCGAGCCGUCAGGACUGCGAGGACAUUCUGAGGGCUUCCUCGAAGCUCGCACCUCUCGGGGCGAUCUUCAAUCUCGCCGUGGUACUGAAGGACCUCUUGCUCGAGAAUCAGACGGAAGCGAGCUUCGAGGAAUCUUUUCGCGCUAAGGCGUGGAGCACGAAGUUAUUCGACGAGCUGUCAAGAAAAAUGUGUCCCGAACUGAGCCACUUCGUGGUAUUCUCCUCCGUCGCGUGUGGACGCGGUAAUACCGGUCAAACGAAUUACAGCAUGGCCAACUCGGUGAUGGAGAGAAUUUGUGAGAAAAGAGUCGCGGAUGGUCUUCCCGGUUUGGCGAUACAGUGGGGAGCCGUCGGUGACGUUGGCCUCGUCGCCGAUAUGUACGAGGAACACAAGGAACUCGUGAUCGCCGGAACUCUCCAACAAGGAAUUUCCUCUUGUCUCGCCGAGCUCGACAAAUUUCUCAAACAAAAUUCUCCUAUCGUUGGCUCGAUGGUCGUUGCCGAGAAACGGGCCGGAGGUUCGGGCUCGUUGAACAUCGUCGAUACCGUCCUCAACAUAAUGGCGCUGAAAGACCUCAAAUCCGUCAGCACUCACACGUCCCUCGCUGAACUUGGCAUGGACUCGAUGAUGGCCGUAGAAAUAAAACAAACCCUCGAGCGCGAAUUCGAAAUAUUCCUCAACGCUCAGGAUAUACGGAGCUUGAAUUUCGCAAAACUCAUUGAAAUGGCAGCCAAAUUGGCCGAGGACGGUAGACAAGCUGGUAAAAAUAAGAGCGUCGACGAACCCCUCAUGGGCAUGAAACUGUUCGUACAAGUUUUGGGAGAUCAAGAGUUGUCCCAGGAUCUGUGUCUGAAAAUGCUCACCAAACAAGAGGUCGGACGAGAGGAAGUUUUUCUCGUUCCUGGCAUCGAAGGCUACGGCAUCGUUUUUCAAAAUCUUGCUCCAUACAUUCGCUCCCCCGCUACUUGUUUGCAGCUCAUUGAAACUGGCGACCAAAACAUCUCAACCAUUUCCGAUAUCGCUCAACUCUUUUUACCGCACGUACUCCAUAGGAACAAGGGUCGCAGAGAUUUCGUCAUCGCUGGCUAUUCGUUCGGUUCUCUCGUGGCUAUUGAAUUGGCAAGGAUGCUCGAGGCAGAAGGUUUGACCGGUAGAUUAGUACUGAUCGACGGAUCACCCGAUCUCAUGAAAGCUAUUAAAGAUCAGCAAUUAGCGUCGAGCAGCGAAGGCGAACUUCAGAGCAAUAUUCUCCUUGGUAUCAUGGAUAUUCUUUCGCCAGCGACGAGCCCUGAGCUUCUCGUCGCACUCGAGAAAUGUACAACGUGGUCAGAAAAAUUGGAUGCUUUCAUGCUUAGAGCACCGACGAAAGAUACAAAGAUUUCUCCCGAGGAGCAGAAAAACGUUUGCACCGGUAUUUUGAACCGUCUCUUGGCACUCGAGAAAUACGAUCAUACUGAACUUCCGCCAUUGAGAUCAUCCAUCAUUUUGCUUAAACCAACCUGCCCGACGUUGAAGACAAUGAGUCCGGACUACGGCCUUAGCACGGUUACGAAAGAAAAUAUAGAAAUUUUCACGGUUGACGGAAAUCACGUUACGAUAUUAGAAAAUUUGAAAAUCGCAACAGCCAUUAACGGUGAGCCAUUGGAGGACGCUAACGCUUUCAAAGCGAGAAUAAUGGAGGACGGCAAGAUCUUGGCACCGAUCGCAAAUCCACAGCAUACGAGAUCUUAGAGCAAAGUGGAUUGAAAAUGGGCAAUAUCACGAAAUACAGAUUUUUUCAUCCUGUUGGUUUAAAAUGGCACCAAGCGGGACGAUUGGAUUGACCACUCUCGACAAAUGACCCAGCUGUUAGAAUCAGUGUAAUUUAUCAUUACACCCGUGCACCAAUCGAAAAGGGGUGAAAUAUUGUAAAUUGAAAGAAAAUGAUCAUUCUUUCGCAUUCGUAGUUCGCUGUGUGCGUGUGUGUGUGUGUGUAUGUGUGUAUAAACAAAAUUAAUAGACAAGUAACUAA